AGCAGCACCAUGCUGGAACAGGGUCAGCUAGUGUCAUUGGUGUCAGUGGGAGGAAUAGUGCCGCAUCAUUGGUGUCACUGUAAUGAGGGGGCACCAUCAUUGGUGUCAGUGGGAGGAAUAGUGUCCCAUCAUUGGUGUCAGUGGGGGAGGAUCAUUGGUGUCAGUGCCCCAUCAUUGGUGUCAGUGGGAGGAAGGACCCCAUCAUUGGUGUCAGUGGGAGGAAUAGCGCCCCAUCAUUGGUGUCAGCACGGGAGGAAUCGUGCCCCAUCAUUGGUGUCAGUGGGAGGAAUAGUGCCCCAUCAUUGGUGUCAGUGGGAGGAAUAGUGCCCCAUCAUUGGUGUCAGUGGGAGGAAUAGUGUCCCAUCAUUGGUGUCAGUGGGAGGAAUAGUGCCCCAUCAUUGGUGUCAGCACGAGGAAUCG